AUGGCUCCAAAGAAGAAGCAGCAGCUGCAGCAGCAGAAUCAGAAAUCAUCAGCCUCAUCUUCUUCAUCAUCAUCAAAGGGAAAAUCUCAGUCUUCGAAAGGUCCGAAACUCCAGAUAUCGGCCGAGAACGAGAACCGCCUCCGCCGUCUCUUGCUCAACUCCGGCUGGUCCGCACCUUCUUCGACUACGGCCGAUGAUUCUCUCUCCAAAGCACAAAAGGCCAAGAAGCUUCGUUCUAUUUAUGAGAAGCUCUCUUGCGAAGGCUUCUCUGAUGAUCAAAUUGAACUCGCUCUCGCUGCUCUGAAGGAUAAUGCUACUUUUGAGGCUGCUUUGGAUUGGCUAUGCCUGAAUUUGCCUGGGAGUGAGCUUCCGUUGAAGUUUUCUAGUGGCAAUUCUCUGAAUACAGAUGGAGGCUCUGUUGGAAUUAUAUCAACGGCACGGGAAGAUUGGAAUCCCUCGGCGGAUGAAUCCGCCGAGACUAAGAAUGAAUUGCCCGAAGUUUCAGUAAAAAUUAAGGGCCGGUGGGAUGACGAUACCUUGGAUUCUCGCCAGCCAUCUCAGGCAGAUUGGAUCCUCCAGUAUAUGGAACAACAGGAAGAGGAUGAAUAUGAAACUUGGGAAGAUGAUACAGUUGAGAAGGGUUCAACUGAGCAGGCCACAGAACCAAGGUUCAGUAAUGAUUCUAUUGUCAAAGAGUAUCACAGAGCACGGUUAGAAGCUAUUAGUGCCAAAGAGAAAGGGGACAAGAAGGCCCAGGAAAAAGCUGGCCUAGUUAUUCGCAAAAUAAAGCAGGAGAUGUCUGUUCUAGGACUAUCAGAGGAUGUUUUGAUAUCUGGGUAUGAUAGUAUUUCACGGCAAGCAUAUGAGGAAACAUCUUGUGAGAGCCCUGAUGCUGAUACCUUAUGUGGUUUAGAAGGUGGUGGUAUAGCCUCUGCUGGACAUGAGUUGGAGUCAAAAGUGGAUGGAUAUGUUAUGGAGAGCUGUAGCUUGAAAGGGUUCUCAAUUGAAGACCAGACCUCGGGUGCUGAUAAAAGUGCCGUAGAAGAAGAAUCAGGAGAUAUAGAGCUUGGUAACUUCUUCUCUGAAGAUGCUUUAUCAAGUGAAAUUUUGCCUCCUGGAGCGGGGAAGUUACUAAAAAAAGAAAAGACAAGAGACUUAUCUAGUGGGAAAAACUUGGAGAAAUUAGAUGGUAUCUGGAAGAAGGGGGACCCACAAAAGAUUCCUAAGGCUGUUCUUCACCAACUUUGUCAAAGGUCAGGCUGGGAGGCACCAAAAUAUGACAAAGUGCUUGGCAAAGGAAAUAGUUCCAAUUACACUGUUAGCGUACUGCGUAAAGCUACUGGAAGGGGUAAGAGCAGAAAAGCUGGAGGGUUAGUUACUUUUCAGCUGCCUUUUCAGGAUGGAAUUGCCAAAACUGCUGAGGAUGCACAGAACAGAGUUGCAGCUUUUGCUCUCUAUCGCCUGUUUCAAGAUAUUCCUUUUCACUUGCUAAUUACUGAGCCGUAUGCUUCACUUGUUCGACAAUGGGAGGAAGGGGAAUUAACAUCAAAGAUUGAAGACAACGAGGAAGACCGUAGGGCUGGUUUUGUGGAUUCAUUGUUGAAUGGCGACAGAUCUGAAUCCAUUACUUCUGUCAAUGUCAUGAAUAGACCUCUUCAAGAAAAGUUUCAAAAGCUUCAUAUCCGAGAAGAUACAAAUUUUGCUGCUGUUGGUGCUGAUCUGAAAUCUCAAAGAGUCAACUGUGAUAAAGAAGCAGAGAGUUCAUAUUUGAGACACGAGAAAGAAAGUAAAAAGAAAAUGAAAAAGUACAAGGACAUGUUAGAGUCUAGAGCUGCCCUUCCUAUUGCUGAGUUCAAAGGUGAAAUCUUGCGUCUGCUGAAGGAGAAUAAUGUUCUUGUUGUUUGUGGGGAAACAGGUUGUGGAAAGACAACUCAGGUCCCGCAAUUUAUAUUGGAUGACAUGAUUGAAGCAGGUCGUGGUGGGCACUGCAACAUUAUAUGCACACAACCAAGGAGAAUUGCGGUUGGGCUCGAGUUGAAUUCGGAUUGACCUGCCCAAGUUGCACACCUAAUGAAUGCUUACUAUUGAUCCAAAUGAUCCCACCUCUUAGAGACUAUUGUGAUUGAGAAAAAAUACUAAAAACUCCAACUCCCUCAAAAGUUUCCUUUUUCAAAGAAAAAAAAACAAAAAAAAAAAAAACCCAAUUAGUGAAAUUUGCAUUCCAUAAAGUCCAAUUGUUGUAGCACAAGACAUGUUUGUUGGGAAUAAGUAGCCUUAGGAAGUUGCCCAGUGGAAAUGCAUAGCAAACUAAGAUGCCUCUUGCUGAUUGUUGUAUAGAAAAUUGGUGAAGAGUGUAUAGGGAUCUAGGUUUCGAAAUUGUUUGCUUACCUUCUGUUGAAAGAUUGAGGGGAAUAGUUUUAAUGUGGAAUGAGAGGUCCAUAACGUGGAGGAUUUGGUUGAGGCUGAGUUUACAGUAUUUGUCAAAUUGUCUUGGGAUAGAAGAAGAUGGAGGAAAGAAUUGGUGGGUUUGUUUAGUCUUUUUGGUCCUCUUUGUUGUGUAGAGGGGAAUUUCAAUGUGAUUAGGCAUGUUUUUGAAAAAUAGAAUGGGAGAAAAGUGAUGCGAAGUGCGAGGGAUUUUGCUGGUUUUAUUCCAAAUAGUUGGGAUGAAGGCUUUGUUGAGUUGAUUAGAGUAUUAGAGUGUUAAAUUUAAAUAGGAAAGAAAUAAAUCAAGAACACAAAAGAAUUAAUGUGUUUUAGUAAAUAAGACCUUCAUCUACGGAUCAAUUGCCCAUAAGAACUAUGUCUUGUAUUAUUCUUGACAUAAAUAUAGAGUGACAAAAACAAUCAUAUCCCUUAAUCAUAGGGAUUGACACAAAUCCGAAUGUCAAAUCAUGCCACUAAAUAUGGUUAAUCAAUCACAUAAUAUCCCAUAAAUCAUGGGGUUCUAUCUUUAAUACUCCCCCUCAAGUUGGGCACAAAAUUGUAAAUGUGAAUUGUCCAACUUGAACAGAAGAUGAAAUGAUGCUGCUGUGGUGGUGUUGCUGAAGUUGUCAGGACAAUGACAAUUGAAGUUGUCAGGACUGCGACAAUUGAGAUUGCACAGAAUGACUUAUCAUACAGAACUUGAUGCUGAUAUCUACGGUUGUCUGGAUGGACUCUCCCGGAAUAAUAAGUUGUGAGGAAAUAUGCAUAGAAUGAUCAUUGUGUAAACAUAAAGAGAUUAAACGUGUGCAUGAAAUGAACAUCAUGCAAACUCGAGGCACGAGAUGAAUGCUGUGCAAAUUUGCAAUAAAGACGUGUAUGGAAUGAGCAUCGGUUUCGGAUAUGAGAUAUGGGUACGAUAUGAUACGGAUACAGUGAUACAACAAAACCCCAAAAAAUAGGAUACGGGUAUAGCCGGGAUACGUCUGUAAAUAUAUAUUUUAUGUUUUUACUAUUAUGCAAUGACUUGAUAGCUAUAAUUUUUAGUGAUUCUUUAAUAAUAAUAAACAACAUUAACAAUUUUUAUUUUCAAAAAGUUAUCUAU